CAGAAAGGAACGGGAAAUAACCGAAAACGAUGAUAUAGAAACAAGUGUACCUCAUUCACAUAAGUAUGAGGAAAAUAGAGAAACAAGAAUCCAAGCAGCUUUCCGGCAUCCUUCUUCAUCAACAUGAGUUUAAUCUCCUCUCCCUAAUUUCUAUAUCUUAUUAUAUAUGCAUACAUACAUAUACAUAUAUAUAAUGAAGAACUUCCCAAGCAGCAAAUACUGUCUGACGCUUCUUUAUCUAUCAUCCUUGUUUCUAAACAUGAUGGUAACCCUACCCACGCUCGUGGAAGUAGACGACUCACCAUAUAUCUACACCCCAACUGAUUUCAUCACCGUUGCAUGUGGUCACACCGGUCCCCAAUUGAAAAUGGAUGAAGAGCGAUAUUGGACUGGGGAUAUCGACUCACAAUAUUCCACUUUGGAAGAAGAGCACGCUAGUGCAUCCGUCAUCAGCGAAGCACCUCCGUCUACGGCAUCAUCAUCAUCAUCUGUUGGCCACGCUGUUGGACAAGUGCCUUACAAUGCGGCACGGCUUUCUCACUCUGAAUUUACUUACAGGUUCUCCCUCAGUACAGCCGGCCAAAAGUUCAUCCGCUUGUAUUUCUACCCAACAUCGUAUCCCAACUUCGACCGCUCCAAAGCGCUCUUCUCUGUCAAAGCCGGUGGCUUUACCUUGCUCCAGGACUUCAACGCUUCUGUCACUGCAGACGCUUAUGGGGUGGAGACGCUGUACAGAGAGUUCUGUUUGAACAUUGGCGAAGAACAGAGUCUAAACAUCACAUUUAGUCCAAGCAGAGAAGCAAGCCCAGACGCGUAUGCGUUCGUCAAUGGAAUUGAGAUUGUAUCCAUGCCAAGCAAUCUUUACUACACUCCUGCCAAAAGCGCCAAUGGUGUCAAUUAUGUGGGCACCGGAAGAAAGAAGGUCCAAAUGGAAAACAACACAGCUCUGGAGAUGGUUUACCGAAUACACAUCGGUGGAGACCCAUUCUUACCCAAAUCAGACACUGGCAUGUACCGGAACUGGGAAGGUUUGGCAGAUGAGCAAACUUACUUAGGGCCUUUAAGUUUAAGUUCGAGCCUCCGCAAAAAAAAUACUUUUGUUAUGCCCAACUUUUCCAUAAUACCAGAGUAUACUGCGCCGAGAAAACUUUAUCAAACGAGCCGGUCAAUGACUAGUUCAGUUACAUCAUAUAAUCUCACUUGGGAAUUCCCUGUACAUUCAAAAUUCUCUUACCUUGUUAGGCUGCACUUUUGUUAUCUUCCACUACAAGAAUACAUUUCUGGACGUGUUCGUCAAGUUUACAUAGCCAAUCAGAUAGCUGAAGAAGUAGCCAUUAUAUUCGAAGGGUAUCCGACCCCAGAAUACAGAGACUACAUUGUGUCAAUCGGCCCCAGAAGUACGAAGAAGAAAACAAAUCUUUCUAUCGCGUUCUAUGACGACUACAACCAAGGAGUAUUAAAUGGGCUUGAAAUCUUCAAACUGAAUGACUCAAAUGGAAAUCUCGGGGGACCCAACCCUGAUCCACCGAAGCUGCUGGUGGGGUCGACAGGUAUGAAUUCUCCUCAUUUGCUUGGCAUAGUUGCUGGUAUAGUUUCCGGCAUACUUGUGCUGAUCUCUGUCCUCGGAUUCUUCAUCUUCAUACGGCGAUGGAAAGCCAAGUCAUCUGCCAAGUCAACAAAGACCCACAAAUCAACUUUACCCCAUUAUAUGUGUCCUUACUUUUCACUUGCAAAGAUCAAAGCCGCCACCCAAAACUUCAACGAGUCCCUCAUUAUUGGAGUUGGAGGCUUCGGAAACGUGUACAAAGGAUGCAUUGGUGGUGGUGAGGCCACCGUCGUUGCAAUCAAACGACUGAAACCGGAAUCAUCACAAGGGGAACACGAGUUCAAGACAGAAAUCGAGUUGCUCUCACAAUUCCGCCACCGUCAUUUGGUGUCUCUGAUUGGAUAUUGUACUGAUGAAGAUGAGAUGAUUUUGGUAUACGAUUACAUGAAACGAGGGACUCUCGCUGACCAUCUCUACCACAACAACAGAGACAACCCACCUCUCCCCUGGGAACAACAUCUUCAAAUUUGUAUUGGCGCCGCGCGAGGGUUGCACUACCUUCACAGUGGUACCAAGGGCACAAUCAUCCACCGCGAUGUGAAGAGCACAAACAUUUUAUUGGAUGAAAAAUGGGUGGCCAAGGUUUCAGAUUUCGGCCUGUCGAAAAUGGGAAUCACCACUGCGUCCAAGACCCACGUUAGUACCAUUGUCAAAGGCAGUUUCGGGUAUUUGGACCCGGAAUACUAUCGAUAUCAACGACUCACUGAGAAGUCUGACGUGUACUCAUUCGGCGUAGUGUUGUGGGAAGUAUUAUGUGCAAGGCCAGCUGUGGUUCAUACGGCGGAGCCAAGGCAAAUGAACUUGGCUGAGUGGGCAAAGAAUUGCCAUCGCAAUGGGGAACUUGAUCAAAUCAUUGACCCAAGCAUGAGGGGUAAGAUCGAAAUUGAGAGUUUGAACAAAUUCGUUGAAAUUGCCAUGAGCUGCAUCAGUGAUAGAGGGAUCGAACGGCCGCCAAUGAAUGACGUUGUGAGGGGGCUUGAAUUUGCACUGCAGCUUCAUCAAAAGAACAUUGGUACUGAGGGUUACAAUGAGGUUACAGACCCAUGUUGUGUUGCAUAUGAAUCCAUUCAGUGUAUAUCCGCGACAAUCUUCUCGGAGAUCGAUGACCCGAAUGGAAGAUGAUGAGCGUUGGCAACAAGCGAAGGCAUAAUAUCAAUGGGAUUGUAAUAUAUGCUCUGUCAGUUUUAAAUCAAAUGUAUUUGAACCCAAUUGAAUGCAAAUUUAUACGCAGUGACUCACUUGCAAUUGCAUU